AUGGCUGAGGAGUUCAAGUAUCAAACUUCAGAGGUGAUCGCUGCUCUUCCAACAUUCCCCGAGCCGGAGGCAGACGAGACUGAUGGAGGCAAUUCAGCUCAUAGUUUGGGCUAUGUCUAUUUUGUAACAGAAAGUGGCAAUGAAAGUGUUUUCAAGGUUGGUCGAACAAUCAAUCCAAAACGACGCCGUAAAACUCUUCAGACAGCACAGCCAGAGAAGUUGAAUAUGAAAUAUGUGCAAGUCUCUGAUAUGGCCAACGCCGAGCGAGAUCUACUGAAGGCCAUGAAAAAGUGCUUUCCUCAAGCGCGUGGUGGAAAAGAGUGGUUCUAUGGGGAUGUGGGUGAAGCUCAGGAUCUUUUCAUUAGCACUGUUAAAGGUCAUUAA